AUUUUUAUAUAAAAUAAGAAAUGAAGAAAUACAUUCAACCAAAAUUUAUGUCAACUAGCACGCAUAUAUGCAAGUUAUAAUCUAUAUAAAGCAACCACAAGGCAUGGACCAAAACAUUCCGUGUCGACUCCAAGAUUUUGGUAGGGACAAAAAAAAGUUAACAUUGGAGUUGAAAUGGCAAGUUCACAGAUAUUGAUGGUAGCUCUAGCUCUACUCAUGUUUAUAACAGCAUGUCAGCUGAGUCCAGCUGAGGCUAACUUCCGCAAGAGUACGUAUUUCUACUGGGGUGCUCAGCACUCUGCAGUUCUGGGCAAUGGUGAUGAGCUUCAACUUGUAUUGGAUCAAACAUCAGGAUCAGGUAUUAAAUCAAAACAAUCAUUUCUGUUUGGAAGCAUUCAAAUGUUAAUCAAGUUGGUAUCUGGGAACUCAGCUGGAACAGUCACAGCCUACUAUGUGUCAUCUACUGGAGACAGGCAUGACGAGAUAGACUUUGAGUUCUUAGGUAAUGUAUCAGGACAACCAUAUAUUAUCCACACAAACAUAUUCACUCAAGGAAAUGGAAGCAGGGAGCAGCAAUUUUAUCCCUGGUUUGAUCCAACUGCAGCUUUCCACAACUACACCAUUCAUUGGAACCCUUCCGCAGUCGUGUGGUAUGUUGACAGUAUUCCAAUCCGUGUUUACCGAAACUAUGAGAACGAGGGCAUAGGUUAUCCAAACAAACAGGGGAUGAGGGCAUACUCCAGCCUAUGGAACGCAGAUAACUGGGCAACAAGAGGCGGACUAGUUAAAAUUGACUGGAAUAGUGCACCAUUCAUAGCAAGAUACCGCACUUUCAGGGGCAGGGCUUGCAAAUGGAACGGACCAGUCAGCAUCAAUACAUGCGCUGCCACCACUCCAGCCAACUGGUGGACAUCGCCAGUAUACAGCCAAUUGAGUGUCGCCAAACUCGGUCAGUUGAAAUGGGUCAGAGAUAACUAUAUGAUCUACAAUUACUGCACGGAUACUAAAAGAUACAAUGGACAAGUGCCUCCAGAAUGCUCCAAACCACAGUUCUAAAAUGCAGGAGCUCCAAUUUUUUUCCCUAUUAAACUAUUACAAUUGAUUCUUUGUGUUUAAUUUUUUUGAUUUCGUUCUUGUUUUUGGCUCAGUUUUAUCAAACAGUGUUUCCAUUCAAUCAAAUACAACUAUACAAUGAAUAAAAAAGUUUUGUGCUCUUGAA